UAGGGUUUAGAGGGCGGUGCAGUUGUGGACGGCAGCAAUCCGGGUCAUGGAAGAGCAGUUUGCCCAUUUGGAAGGGCUGUCUGUCUUCAGGAAAAUGAUAUUCAAGGAAGGAAAGACAAGGCGAAUUGGAUUGAGAUUGGCUGAUGUGAAUCCAGAAUCUCCAUAAGUAUAUUGAUUGUCAGAAUGCAAAGCAGCUUCAAAUCGCAACUUGUUCGCAACCGAUGCAUUGUGACCCAACGUGUGCAUGAGGCAGAAGGCCAGGUUUUGAACAUAGAAACGUAUUUCAGACAAAUUGAUUUACUAGAGAUGUACAUGCACUUGGUAAAAUAAGCCACAUGGCCUCUUUAAGACACCGCCUAUAAGCAGGCACCUAUACAUCUAUGGAGCCAGGCAAAGGAGGCACCAAUGGUGAGGGGAGAGACAGAUCCGAGGAUGUUGCUGGAAUCAGAUUGGAGGGGGGCGUGGGUCUGGAACAGAAAGAGUUUUCAAUACCAUCCGUGUCGUCGACAAUAGCCAAGAAGAAGCCCUUGGACCUGACCCUAGUUGUGGCUGUCUUUGCCGGGUGGCUCGUCGGUCGCCUGCAGCUCCCAGUUCUCCUUCUAUGUCUCCUACUGUACUUAGCGUGGCAUCAACAACGCCGCAAAAGUUCGUCGGGCCCGGAGGAGCUCCCCCCGUCACCGAGACCGCGGAAGCUGCCAAAGGGAGCACCCCGCAACGGCCCGUCCACUGCGCUCGACUUUGAAGAGUGCGAGUGGCUGAGCCAAGUGCUGGGACAGGUCUGGGCUUUUUACCGCCCUGCCUGGUCGAACUGGGUCACCGAGUCCCUGACCACAAGCCUAAACUGGUACAAACCGGACUUCAUCCAAGACUUCAGGAUCGAGGAAGUCGACCUGGGCCAACAGCCCCGCUUCGAACUCAUCAAGCGUCACGCCGGCUUGCCCUCAAACAUCAUCCAGCUGGACGUGCGGACGCGGCAGACGGACGGCCUGGCGAUCGCGCUGAGCGCGAAGCUGAGCAUGGGCAUGCGCGUGCCGCUCGCGCUGCUGCUCAAGUCGGUAGUGGGCGACAUUGCGAUCACGAUCCGCCUCUCGCGCACCUGGCCCUACACCGCACACGUCGCGCUGCGUUUCAUGGACAAACCGGACCACCAACUAGUCAUCAAGGGCCUCGCGGGCCGCUUCGACCUGAGCCAGGUGCCGCUGCUCAAGACGUGGCUCCGGCAGCAGGUCGACGUGGCAGUCUCCAGUUGGCUCGUCGAGAACCCGAUCGAGUUCCCCCUGAAGCAGUGGUACAACCCGGAGGCGGCCCCCACUCCUGUUCGGACGUCCGUUACGGACGAGGAUUUGGACGAUGAGCUGGGGCCGCCCACAGCUAUAGACGCGGCGUUCCCCUUCUCCCGGGUCGGUAGCGGCUGCGGCGGCAGCAGUGAGCCCGGUUGCUCCGGCCCGGCCGCGCUGCUCCGCGUUCAGGUGCUCGAAGCCGCCGAUCUGCCAGGGCCGCGGACGCCGUACGCGCUGCUACAGCUAUUGGGCGACGAUAAUAAGGUGCGCGCGUGGUUCCAGAGCGCGCGGUGCGAGGACCGCAAGGCGGCGGAGUGUCCGUGGUGGGGGGAGACGUGGCAGCUGCUGGUGCCGGGGCUGGACGGGACGGGACUGCGGGUCGCUAUCUACAACUACAACGUCCUGCUCAAGCACGAACUGCUCGGACAGGUCCACCUUCCGAUGUCGUACUUGGCUUCCACUUACACCGCGGACCCCCCUUUAGUCGCAUGGCACGGUCUCGUGGGCCACAAGGGGGCACACGCCGGGCGCGUGCGCCUGGCGAUCGCCGUGCAGCUGCUGGGUCGGCUAGACGCCCCGGGCCAGAGCCUGCCUCCCCCCGAGGUCGCAUCAGCCCUUGAACCGGCCGAGGAGGAGGGCAGGGCGGCGGCCGGCACAAGCGCGCUGGUGGAGGUACUGCACAUCCGGCUGGUGCAGGCUGAAAUCAGCAAAAAGGCUUUCUCCUUGGCGUCUCCCGACUCGUACUGUCGCGUCGGGUGUAACGGUGCCAGCUGGACCAGCAAGCUCGUCAAAGCCACGUCAGCACCCGUCUUCCAUGAGGUGCACGACUUCAUCCUGACGGAUGGCGCGCGAGACGGUGACCGGGACCUCACGCUGCAACUCCUCAGCAGGAAUCUCGCCCGAGCGGAUGACGUCAUAGGCUCGUGUCGGCUGGAGAGGCCCCUGCUCGCCACGUGUACGACCGCAGCAAAGAACGCGUGGCUGGAGCUGACCGGCUCGAAGGCGGGGACAAUCACCGGGCGUAUCAAUGUGGUAGUGCGGGUCAUCCACUUCCAACCGAUCCGGCACACCCCAAAAGCAUAAUGGUCCUUAGGAGAAAGCCCCAGUUUUAUUGAGCACUCAGUUCUACACGCACUUGAGCUUUACAUGGGCUGCUGCGAUCAGGAAGGUCCAGACUGAUCACGAAACGAGAGUCUCUUAAGCAUCCCCCGGCUUACUUGAACGGAAGUUGAGGUUUAGAAGAGGGAGAGUACAGCAAUAGACAGGUACAGUGGGAGGAUAGCACACGCAAUAUGAUAGUUGAGAGGAAGUGCGAGAGGGCGUGCAGAAGCGAGAGGCAUUGAGCGCAUCUAAGCGUGCAUCAGUUUUGGUAUAGACAGUCAAAAAGGCUCGCACCGCCAUUCCCUUCAAACGCCUUUGGCCAAAGGAAAGAGCCCACUGGAAGAGAUCAAAUCAAAGCGCAGGAACGUAUGGUUUAAAUAGUUUUGGCAACUUUCCCCGGUUUUGCAGACUGCAUUGAAUUGUAAGG